CUUUCAUCUGUGAAUCUCCUCGUAGAGUAACAGCUUGGCCUCAGAAACGUUUGCUGCGAAAUCACGAAUUUGAUAACCACUGUAGAAACCACACUAACUUUUAACUCUACCAAGAGUAAAUUAUUAUACCUACAACAUGUUGGCAGCGGAAAUCACGACAUAAAUUGUUUCAAGUUCAAGGUCAUAUUAGUCGAAAUAUCUUCAGUUGCCUAAGCUUUCUGUAAUCACAUUUUAUCUGUUUUAUUUUUCUCAUCCCCGGGACAAGUAAUCCACUGCAGCUUGAUAUGGAAUCUCAAAAAGCUAAAGCCUCUUAUAUCCCAACUGCAACCAUUGAAUCCCGUACUAAAUCUUCGGAGUACUUUUCUACAGAUGUCUGAAGAUGUUGUUGAAAAUUUAAAGACAACAGUUGUAAAACCUAUAGUUUAUGGAAAUGUUUCACGUUAUCUGGGGAAAAAACGUGAGGAAGAUGGACGAACUCAUCAAUGGACUGCGUUUUUGCGACCGUAUAAUCCUAGCGAAGACCUCUCGACAUUUAUAAGAAAAGUCCAGUUUAAAUUACAUGAAAGUUAUUCAAAUCCCAUACGAAUUGUUAACAAACCACCGUUUGAAUUGACGGAAACUGGUUGGGGAGAAUUUGACAUUACAAUGAAAGUCAUAUUCACCGAUCCUAAUGAAAAGCCCCUGAUAAUAACUCAUCUCAUUAAGUUGUUUCAUUGUGACCAUGAAAUAAUGAUGGGUCAUAAAAGCUUAGUCCGAGAGAUCUACGACGAAAUGGUUUUCGUUGAUCCUUCUCCGUCCUUUUAUCGGGCGUUGAUGAGCAGAUCUCAAAUUCCUCCAAACGUACCAACAAUUGCACACGAAACUGAUUUUAAAGAAACAAAGCGUCAAGCAUUGUGUUCUAUACAAGAACUAAACAGAAAGGUUACUGAAGCAAUUGAAGUUUAUAAAAAGCAACUUAUCUCGAGGAAAGGAAUUAUUGAAGAAGUGAAGUCGAUCGUAAACGAAGUAGAUUCUGCGACUGUUGGGACCAUAUUGCAGUAACUAUGUAUAUAUAAAUAUGUGUAUAUUAUUUUUUAUCGACAACUAAAUAAUAUCAUCUCAAGAUGCAAAGUACAUGUUCUACAUCUGAAAGCUUCAUUUCAAAUAAUUUCCAGAUUGUAAAAUAACGUCUAGGUAACUUCUAUAUAUUUCAGGGAUUCAUAAAGAACUCAGAAAAACAUUGUUGGUCUGAGGAGACAUUUUGAGCCUAUUUACUAGCUUGUUCGUUUAUUGCCAUGGCUUCAUCAUAAGGAUAUUCGAAAAUGCAGUGGGGUUUAGUGAAUAUAUACACUAGCUUUUUGAUUACGCGCCAACUUUAAGACAUGUGCGAAGUGAUGAAUAAACUCAUUAUGUAAUUGAAUCAAAAAAGUAACUGUAGAAGUAUCAACUUUAUAAAAAAACGUAGACAACGGUUUUUAUGUGGCUAAUUAACUAUCUCAGAAAAAGAUGAACAUAUAAUUCAUUCUCAUUUCAGGAGAUUGAAUCGAUGAGCAGAACACUUUAGGGAUCAGUUCAACUGGCCUUCAGCCACACUUCGGUUUCCCACGAUCUCCAGUCAAUCUGAAUGGCAAGUUACUGUAGGUCCUCCAACUUUUUACGAAGUUGAAAAAGCCAUAGGAAAUCUGAAGCGUAGGAGGCAGCAGGCCCUGACAGGUUUACUCCUGAGAUUUUUAAGGAUGGUGGUUCAGUAUUAGCAGCGAGAUUGACUGAGGUCUUAGGUGGAACCUAGGAACUGGACGUAAUCCCAUCUGACUGGUCUCAAUCACUGAUCGUACCAGUCUAUAAGAAAGGACAAAAGUUUGACUAAUAUAGUGUCUAAAAUAUUAGCUUCAAUAAUACUUCGACGCCGAACCAAAGGACGUGAAGAACAGACUAGAGAAAACCAGGCUGCUUUUCAACCUAGACGUGGUUGUAUAGACUAGAUAUUCACACUACGUCAAGUCCUAGAACAUAGAUACACAUCCAGACGCCCGGCAGUCGUAGUAUUUCUCGACCUUAAGACGGCGUUUGGCUCCGUUGAUCGUGAGGUUCUGUGGCAGUGUUUGCCACUGAAACAAAUACCAAAGAAGUACAUCAACCUUAUAAAGGCUCUCUACUCUUGCAAAACUGGUCGAGUGAGAGCUUAUGGUGAACUUUCAUCAUAAUUGAUUACCUCAAGUGGUGUUCGUCAGGGCUGUCCACUCUCUCCAUUCUUGCUUAACUUCGUCGUUGGUGUGAUUUUAGCGACAAUACUUUCCUCAUCUAAAUUUCCAGGAGUUGAACUUUUACCAGGAGAUUCACUUGUCGACUUAGAAUAUGCCGAUGACAGUUCUAUUUGGUGAAGACGCUGACAAAAUUCAGAGUCUUCUGACCACUAGAUAAGCAACAAUGCAAGUAUGUUGGGGAUGCGAUGUGCUAAUGUGGUAUGAUAACUUGGACUGAUGUACGUACGUACGAAGUUCCACUUUGUUACUGACUGAUUGAUGUAGCCACUUGUUACUCCUUACGUUGGUUAACAACCAAACUAAAGAGGCCGACCAUUCAAUUAACUCAAUUUGGCUGUUUUAAUUCCGACUGACCUACUACCUACUGAACCACAUGUUUAUUUAGUACCACAUUAAGCUUUGGGUUGUGGAGUUCUGUGGUUGAUGGAUGGGCUUUACAUAACAUCGACGUAAGUAAACUAAAAUUCUUCACCAAUUAAUGUUAAUAUUUAUUCUAAUUAUACACAUAUAUAUCUGAAUUCGAUAAUCUGACGGUCAGAAACUGGUAAAAUAUUGAUAAAAGUUCCUUAAUUCCGAAGCAUAUAAUUAGACGUGAAGCACAGAUAACUUUAUCCCUACGCUGUGUGGUGUGCGCUACUUAUAUACACAUAAGUAGUAUAUAACGAUAGUCAGGAAUAGAAUGUAUUUCAGUAGAUCGAAAAGGAAAGGCAAAUAUGUAUAUAUAUUUCUAAAAUAUUUUGAGUUUAACGUAUAUUGUAAUAGAAAGCGACAUGAUAUUUUCAUAGAAAACAGGUGUGAUGUAUUUAUUCAGCCAGAGCGGAAGUGACCUCCAAAUACAAGUCCAGUACGUUGGAAAUUACUAGGAGCGUACGUUGUUCAUCAAUCCCAAGAAAUUUCGUAUUGUAUGGGAGUCGUCAAAUAUAAAUCCUUACAGUUGUCAACUUGUCGUUUCCAUUAAAUAGUCACUGAUUAAAUUAGGUUCCCGACAAUUGAGUUUAUUGAGACAGAUGAUGAUGUGGCUUGCCCGUGAAUGAAGUGAUCUCGCGCGCUGUUAGAGGUAUGAGGAUGGUUGUCACUUCCCGGAUCUCUACACCAUAGAGGGAUAUAUCUUUGUGGGAUACUUGGGUGAGGAACCAGAUUAAUCGUCAAAGCGACCUGGAAAGGUGACCACGCAGCCCAACGAGCAACUGUCUGAGGUCGGUCACAUACAACCCUCCUACGAGAAGUUUCCAAUGUGUUGGCUCCAUUUUCCAAAGGGCUUAACCGACGGAGACGAAAAACCAUGGAGUAAGGUGAAGUGUGACAAUUUUAUGGUCGACUGUCUUUAGCCCCUUCUGUUAUGAGAAGGCAGCAUAGCUGCAGGUGUUGGUUGCUUGAAGGAAACAAUUACUGCUGUCACACUUCUAUAAAAUCAACAGUACGACUAUAGUUUGCUCCUUCUAGUCUUGUUGUUCCCCAACAUGGAAGGAUAUAAAGGAGCAAGUGUCCCAGCCAAUGUAGCUCAAUCGGGUCAUUUCGGUAUGCAACCCCGAUCACCACAUCAAUGUAGCAGUUACAGAGAAAUUUAGGGCAGCACCUGAACUAAGGAUUCAUCAUGCGGACAGUAGAUGGAGAUUGAUCGUAUUGCUAUAGAUUAAUACGAAUAGGUGCCUGUCGACUGAGUUCUUAUUAUUAAUCUGGUCAUGGAUAUAGAUGAACUCUAACAAGCGCACAAAAACAGCACUGAAGUGACUGUAAUCUCAAAUUAAUACCAAUACUGAAUAUAAUUUUGGUGAACAACUAGUAAAACUACAAUAUAUAACAUAUCAAUAAUCGUCCUGAACUAAUUAAGCAGUAUGUCCAGUAUGUUAACAUGUCAAUUAUUCGUCUGCUAAUAACUCAUACUUAAAGUCAAUGAAGGGUUGGAUAUCACUGUAACUAUUUCGAUAGCGGUGUGUAUGAUGUCCAACGAAGCAAUUUGCCUGGACCAGAAUAACAAAGACUUUAUACAAUGAUUAGCAUCAAAUUAAUAAUAGAAAACUGUCAACUACCUAUUACAACAGAGAGCUAGCUAACAAGGUUUUUCGGGGAAAAUGAUAAAGGACUGAAUAUGAGCCUCUUACAAGAAUAGUAUCAAAACACAGUAAUGAAAGAUGGUCAAGACUGUGGGCCAACCAGUCCUACAGUCAUUCAUAUGCCGAAUGAUUAUGUAGGCGGGUUACUUAUGUCAUGUUAGAGCUUAUUACAGAUUCACCGCGUGGUCAUGUGUCUGCAGCUAUGCAGUAUUGAGUUUGCGAUGGGUUGCGUCUAGUUACUGUCAACAAUAGUUGUAAAUAGCGUUGUUUUUGUUUUGUAACAUGCAGAAUGGUUAGUGUCUGACUAUAUUUGUUUUAUUCUUUCGUUUGUCUAGACAGUUCGACAGAGCGUCAUUAUUUUUGUGAAAAUAAUGUCGGUAUAAACGUCACUGAAGUAAUUCUUGAUUUCUUUACUCGUUUCCCCAAAACUUUAUCGUCGUUUGAGGAAAGUGAAGACAAAACACUUAGUAGCAACAAUUAGUUGUUAAACAAAUGACCAUUGAGAAACCAAACAAAAUGAACCAGUAACGAAAUUGCAGCAGUUAAAGUUCUCACACUCAGAAGAAAACGAAUAAAUUUACUGCAACACAACAUAUGAAGCAUUAAAUAUUAUGAUAAGUUUCUUACAAAGCCGCCUGGGGUCUCCCAUUACGGAUUUCUAUUAUCAGAUGUUUAAUACGCUGAAUUUAGUUUUUGAACGUGAAUGACUCCAUCGAUGGAGUAUUCUUACAAUAACAGUCUACCAGGAUGAACAUUAACUAAUGCGUGAGGCGCUAUAGUCAAUUGAGUAGUGGAAGGCCUAAUACAUCUGCACUGUGUACCACGACGUGCAAUGCUAUCCGGUAUUGGAAAUGGUUG